GUAGCCCUUGUUAAACAAAAAGGGUUUACUAAAAUCGACCAAACCCUUGUUUGUUCUAAGAAAGUCCAGUGAAUUCGAAAAUCAGUCGGAUGGAUCGGAUUGAGACCGUGAGAGAAUUGCCGUUCCGUGUGGGAUUCACCGGUCACAGUGGCCAUAUUCGAAUCGACCCGUUGCCUUCCACCCCUCUUAACCCGCUACCGGACUUCAUUCUUCCUCCUGCAUUUCCUAAGGAAACACCAGAAUCGAUCAAACAGUUUGUUGAAGAUAAAUAUCUCCUCCCAAGAUUGGAUGAUGAUGAAUUUUGUGCAGAAAAAAGUGGAAGGCAAUGGGAGUUUGACUGGUUUGACCAAGCAAAAGUUGACUUAGAGCCAACCAUGCCACGCUCUGUUGUGGUACCUGCAUGGGAAUUACCUUUCAGACGACGUUCGUCAGACCCCAACAGUUGGGAACCUGCAUCUGUGCAGGUUGAUGUGUCUGAACUAAUGGUAGAAGCAGAUACUUCAAUUGGUGUGCGGAUUAGUGGACCUCCAAAGGAUUUUGUGAAGGGAAGCCUUAACAACCGCCCAUUUCGUCCAGGUGGUUUGGACGAUUCUCAAUCCAUGGGAAGGACUUUUCCCGAUGGUGCUUCAAACGGCGAAUGGGUACACGAACUUCUCAUUGGUGCUCCCCCUCAAGUCAUCCCUCCUACCUUUAAACAAGGAAUCAAUCUUGGAGACCACCUCAAGGGCCAUCCAUGUUCUUGGAAUGUAUGUGAAGAAGAUCAAGGCUUGCCCCAGACAACACCUGAGAGUACUUUAUCUGUUCAGUUUGAUGAUUUAUUUAAAAGAGCUUGGGAAGAUGAUGUUACGGAACUACCCAUUGAUGGGGAUGCAUCAGCAUCAGAUCUAGAAAUUAAUUUAAUUGAGGCGGGUUCCCCAAGAUCCAUUCCAGUAGAAGCUGAAGACAAAUCAGUUUUUCCACAGGACUCUGAAUCAUCUGUAAUAGAUCAGAUUUUGUCAACAUCUGGAUCUGGAGGAUUGACUAAAGAGUUGGGUGAUAGUGGUGAAGAAAAGUCAAAGGAGGCAAAAGUCUGGGCUGUUACUGGAGGUAGUGAUGGAAUUGCAGAUCAUUUUGAUGAACUUGUUCCUGACAUGGCAUUGGAUUUCCCUUUUCAACUAGAUGCAUUCCAAAAGGAGGCUAUAUAUUAUCUUGAGAAGGGGGAAUCGGUGUUUGUGGCCGCUCAUACAUCAGCAGGAAAGACAGUUGUUGCAGAGUAUGCAUUUGCACUAGCAUCUAAACACUGCACAAGAGCAGUAUAUACGGCUCCCAUAAAAACAAUCAGCAACCAAAAGUACAGAGAUUUUUCUGGAAAAUUUGAUGUUGGGCUUCUCACAGGGGAUGUUAGCUUGAGGCCUGAGGCUUCAUGCCUCAUCAUGACUACUGAGAUAUUAAGAUCAAUGCUUUACAGAGGCGCUGACAUCAUUCGUGAUAUUGAAUGGGUUAUAUUUGAUGAAGUGCAUUAUGUAAAUGAUGUUGAAAGAGGUGUUGUUUGGGAAGAGGUGAUCAUAAUGCUCCCAAGGCAUAUCAAUUUUGUUCUCCUCUCUGCCACGGUACCUAAUACAAUUGAAUUUGCCGAUUGGAUUGGUAGGACGAAACAAAAGCAAAUCCGUGUUACUGGGACUACAAAAAGGCCUGUCCCACUAGAGCACUGCCUUUUUUAUUCUGGAGAAGUGUACAAAAUCUGUGAACAGGAGAAAUUUAUAUCACAGGGUCUGAGAGCUGCUAAAGAUGCCCAUAAGAGAAAAACGUUGACCACACCACCUGCACCUCUUCAUACUCAGAAACCCAACACUAGUUUCGCAAGAGGCAAACCAAACAAACAAACCGCUCCCCAGAACUUUGUUGGUGCGGGUCGAGCCUACCAAGGAAAUAACAAUUGGGGCUCCAGAGUUUCUGAAAAAUCUGUCUGGUUGUCUCUUAUUAAUAAGUUGUCCAAGACAUCUCUUUUACCUGUGGUGAUAUUUUGUUUCUCAAAGAAUCGGUGUGACAAAUCGGCCGAUAAUUUGCGUGAAACUGAUCUCACUAGUCGAUCUGAAAAAAGCGAGAUUCGCAUUUUCUGUGACAAAGCAUUUUCUCGGCUCAAGGGAUCUGAUAGGAACCUUCCGCAGAUUGUGAGAGUCCAAGGUCUUCUUCAAAGAGGGAUCGGUGUACAUCAUGCUGGUCUACUCCCAAUAGUCAAGGAAGUAGUUGAAAUGCUUUUCUGUCGUGGCGUUAUUAAGGUUUUAUUUUCAACCGAGACAUUUGCAAUGGGGGUUAACGCCCCAGCUAGAACGGUUGUAUUUGAUAGUGUAAGGAAAUUUGAUGGGAAAGAAUAUAGACAGUUGUUAGCUGGAGAGUACACACAGAUGGCAGGGCGUGCUGGUAGGAGAGGGCUUGAUAAGAUUGGCAGCGUUCUUGUCAUGUGUCGUGAUGAUAUUCCAGACGAGUCUGAUUUGAAGAAUCUUAUUACCGGGAGUGCAACCAGGCUUGAAUCUCAGUUCCGCUUGACCUAUAUCAUGAUUAUGCAUCUCCUUCGUGUUGAAGAAUUGAAGGUGGAGGACAUGCUGAAAAGAAGUUUUGCUGAAUUUCAUGCUCAGAAAAAACUACCAGAGCAACAGCAAUUGCUCAUGCGGAAACUAGCUCAGCCUACAAAAACUAUCGAGUGCAUAAAAGGUGAGCCAGCUAUUGAGGAAUAUUAUGAGUGGUAUUUGGAGGCUGAGAUGUAUAGAAACCACAUUACCGAGGCGGUCUUGCAGUCUUCAGUAUCUCAGCCUUUUCUUAUGCCAGGAAGAGUCGUCGUUGUCAAAUCCCAAUCUGGCCAGGACCACUUACUCGGUGUCAUCUUAAAGGCACCUACUUCUGUUAAUAAACAAUAUAUUGUUAUGGUGCUUACCCCGUCUUUACCAUCAAUUAGUGAUGACCCACAAAAGAACACAAAUGCUGGUCUUCAGAUACUGAUGCCAAAAUCAAAACGUGGCAUGGAUGAUGAUUAUUACUCUUCUGCCACUUCACGUAAGGGAUCAGGCGCUGUUAAAAUUAAACUGCCCCAUCGCGGUACUGCUGCUGGGGCUAGUUAUGAAGUCAGAGAAAUCGAUACCAAAGAAUUCUUGUCUAUUUGCAAUGCCAAAAUAAAGAUCGAUCAAGUUGGGCUUCUGGAAGAUGACAGCGCUGCUGCUUAUUCUAAGACUGUUGUUAGUCUAUUAAAUAAAAAAGUUGAUGGAAAUAAGUACCCUCCAGCCCUUGAUCCAGUUAAAGAUUUGAAGCUAAAAGAUAUGAAUUUAGUGGACGCUUACUACAAAUGGAACAAUUUAUUGCAAAAAAUGUCACAAAACAAGUGCCAUAAUUGUAUUAAGUUGGAGGAACACAUCAAAGUAGCUAGAGAGAUUAAAAGUUAUAAGGACGAGGUUAAUACACUCAAAUUUCAAAUGUCGGAUGAAGCACUUCAACAGAUGCCCGAUUUUCAGGGUCGUAUUGAUGUGUUGAAGGAGAUUGGGUGCAUAGAUAGUGAUCUUGUGGUUGAGAUUAAAGGAAGAGUUGCUUGUGAGAUGAAUUCAGGAGAAGAAUUGAUAUGCACAGAAUGCUUAUUUGAGAAUCAAUUGGAUGACUUGGAACCAGAAGAAGCUGUGGCCUUGAUGUCAGCUUUUGUCUUUCAGCAGAGAAACGCUUCUGAACCUUCACUUACCCCCAGACUUGCACAAGCCAAACAAAGGUUGUACGACACCGCCAUCAAACUUGGGCAGCUUCAAGCACAUUUCAAAAUACAAAUCGAGCCUGAGGAGUAUGCUCGAGAGAAUCUCAAGUUUGGACUUGUCGAGGUCGUUUAUGAGUGGGCAAAGGGAACGCCAUUCGCAGACAUAUGUGAACUGACAGAUGUCCCGGAAGGGCUUAUAGUAAGGACAAUCGUACGGCUGGAUGAAACAUGUCGUGAAUUCAGAAACGCGGCAGCAAUCAUGGGUAACUCGGCAUUAUACAAAAAAAUGGAAGUCGCUUCAAAUGCAAUCAAACGGGAUAUCGUUUUUGCAGCUAGCUUGUACAUUACUGGCUUGUAAUAACAAAAAUUAUUGUUAUGCUUGUACAUUAGGAGGUUGAGCACUACUUUUGGGUGAUGUAAACUGACACUAAAUCCAUGGUUCAUUUGACUAAUAUUCUCCAUCUUCUUUUUGUUGAUUGGAAAAGCUGAUUUAUUCAA